GGCGGGGCGGGACUUCCGUCGGGAAGAUGGCGGCGCUGGGGAGGGCGCUGCGGGCGCUGAAGGCCGGCGCGUUACGGGCCGGGGCCCGGGGCCGCUCGGCGGGGCCGCCCGGGGCCGUGGUGCUGCCGCGAGCGCCGCUGGGGGCGGACCCCCACGAGGAGGAGCCAAUGAUGGUGGCCCAGAGGAAGAACCCCGAUUACCACGGCUUCUCGGCGGAGCCGGACGCCGACGUCAUCAACAUGCGGGCGGUUUUCUUCGCCGGCAUCUCCGUCGCCAUCGUCCUCGGCACCGUCUUCCUCCAUUACCUGCCCGACUACGGGCUGCGGCAGUGGGCCCGGCGCGAGGCCGAGAUGCGGAUCCGGGAGCGGGAGAGUCGGGGGCUGCCGCUGCUGGACCCCAACUACUACGACCCCGCCCGCCUCGCCCUGCCCCCCCCGGAGUGACACCUCGGGGUGCUGGGGGGGGGGGGGGGGGGCCCUUGGGGGUCACCCAGGACCCCUUUGGGUGGGGGACACGCACACAACCCCCCCACCCCCUGUUCGUUAAUAAAGUGAUGGGUGCUCGGCCGGA